GAUGGAACAGUUCCAUUCCUGAUCAAAAUGUGCUCAAAGGGAGGGCCGAAACAAAUUGACUGUCGUGAAGCGCUCAAAAACAUUGAUCCUGUCGGGACAAAGAAACAUGCAUACUGCCACACAUCCUCUCAAAAACCCAUAUACCCCGUCUGCAUCCUCGACGGAAAGGAAUAUGACGUGAACGACAAGGGCGAGGCGAAAUUCAAAGCCACUCUUGACCCGGAGUCAACACUGUCAGCAGGUAGCAGCAGCGGCGGCAGCAAUGAUGACGACGCGACUCGCACGACUGAUGCAUCCACGGCCACGACCGAUCCCAUAUUGCGCUCCACGGUAGACGUUACGGUAACAAUUCCCCCGCCAGCUGCCUCAACGAUGGCAGCGAAUGCACCUAUGAGCUCUGCGUCGGCGGCGGGGGGUUCUCUGAUGGCUAAUGGGGUUGUGGGCAGUUUGGUUGUGGCAUUCUUUGUGGAAAUAUGUAUUUUGGUUUUGUUUGGUAUAGAUUAGGCUGGGUAGGGGGGGGGAGAUGGGAGAUUCUGUGUCAAUAUUC